AGGGGACCCUUCAGGACGUCUUUCUGGUCGUGGGCCAGGAUUCUGCGCACUCAACCUUGCACGGGGCAAAGGGGGGCAGUUUUUUUGAUGACAUGUGGGUAUGGGCUAUGGAUCCUGAAUAUCAAUAUCGCGACGGCAAACAGGAGGGGGGCCAGGACGUAAUGCAAGAGCAAGAACCAGCAGCAUACCCAGGCUACAUGCGCGUGCGGCUACAACAACUAGUCAACAAUUUCUACGCGGCGCGGCAGCCCGACCGAGGCAACGUCAUAGUGCCCCUAGAGACGCUCUGGGCAUGUGCGCAGAAGAGCUACGAGAGGGCCUUUGUGUCGGUGCGAGAGGAGGACUUCCAGAAGUGGGUGGGAGCUCGCGAUGUACCUUGUUUGAGGAAACUAGAGUUAUGGGAAUAGGGAUGCCAGUCUAGAUCUAGAUGUGGUUCAAUAUUACACUGAUAGAUCCAU